AAAGAAACAUUGGUUGCAUACCUUCAGGUAAGUGGUACAAUUGCUGAGAUUUAGAUUUCCUCUUUGCAAAUUAUUUUCUGGAUAAUUAUUUUCCCAGUAAAUUUCCUCUUCCCACAUUAUUUCAUCAAGCAUUUUGAUAGCACUAUUUGUACCAUUUAUUUGUUUCUGGCACAAUAAUUAACACGCACCAUAAACAACUUUGAGGGAAGAUUUUAAUGUGCUUUAAUUUUUUCUUGUUUGGUAUGACAGGAAGGUUUUAAGUUUACCAAUGAACCCUAUGCUAUCGAAUCUAUCCUCAAUUUGAUGCACGACCGGUAUAAGAGCUAUCGCCAUGACCUACGACAACGCUUUAGAAGGUUCCCUACAAUGGAAUCUGCCCUUGCGGAUCCACCCGAAAACAUGGAAAAAGAGACGUGGAAGUUUUUGUGCGAAAAGUGGUCUGACAAGGACUAUAAGGUGAGAUGUGGCAAGAAUAAGUUGAAUCGGGAGAAGUUGAAAGUCCUCCACACUGCUGGCUCAAAGGCCUUCAGAAAAGUGCAAUAUGAUGAGCGAGACCGUGCCACUGGAGAGGAACUUGGACUUGUUGAGUUGUACAAAAAGACGCAUUUUAGUGAGAAAAAAGAGGCAUGGGUGCAUGCUGAUGCUGAGAUUAGACAUGUCCUGCAAGCUUGCGUUGAUUUAAAGCUUGGGAGCUCUCUGCUAGAUUUUGAAUGCCAUUUUAACGAAACCAUUGAGAAGAAGAUGCGAUGAGUUGAGUUGUUUUGUUAUGUAGGUAGAUAUAAUUCUAAUAACAAUAUGUUCAUUGAACAGUUGAAUGCUAUAAACAAUGCUUAUAACACUAGCCUUAUAAAUUGGAAAUGAUACUUUUGAAAUCUCUGUCAUAUAUACAAUCAAGAUAUUACGUACUAAUGAAUUAGAGCAUGGUAUUUGUUUGUUAUUGAAUGCGAUGAGCA